AUGCCACCACUUCGGUAUGACUUUCGAGCCUCUGCCAUUGAAAUUCAAGCGUCUGGCGAUAAACCGAGAGUUUGGUACUUCGAUGAUGCUAAUAUCGAAAGGAUUAAAGGGAAUACGAUUAAUGAACCAGCCAUAUUGGCCACAGAGGGUAUAUUAGCUGUACCUGUCCAUUCAGACUGGAAUUUUACCCGUGGUGACCCUUUAACUCCUGUUGAAUACGUCCAAUUUACAGUUAUCCACAACCAGCUUCCAAACUCUUUGGUUUUGACCAGAACUCCCUUAUUUCUAUCCGUGGAUGCUACGCUCAGUAAAAAUCCUCUAGCGGCGUUGGCGGCUGUGAGCUACUACCAUACUAAAUACUGGCUGGCAUAUGAUACUCGUCUGGUCAUAAUACUGGCCUGGCAAACGUAA